AUGGGAAGCAAACCAGUGGAUCUCUUAGAGUUGAAUACAACAAAUGAAGUUUUCAAGCAGCACAAACUGAACCAAAACGAUCAGUUGCUUAGUGUUCCAGAUGUCAUCAACUGUCUGACAACAACCUAUGAUGGCCUUGAACAAAUGCAUAAGGAUCUGGUCAACGUUCCACUCUGUGUGGAUAUGUGUCUCAACUGGUUGCUCAAUGUAUAUGACACGGGUCGAACUGGAAAAAUAAGAGUGCAAAGUCUGAAGAUUGGAUUGAUGUCUCUCUCCAAAGGUCUCUUAGAAGAAAAAUACAGAUAUCUCUUUAAGGAAGUGGCGGGGCCCACAGAAAUGUGUGACCAGAGGCAGCUUGGCCUGUUACUUCAUGAUGCCAUCCAGAUCCCUCGGCAGCUGGGGGAAGUAGCGGCUUUCGGGGGCAGUAAUAUCGAACCCAGUGUUCGCAGCUGCUUCCAACAGAAUAACAACAAGCCAGAGAUAAGCGUGAAAGAGUUUAUAGACUGGAUGCGUCUGGAACCACAGUCCAUGGUUUGGCUGCCCGUUUUACAUCGUGUGGCAGCAGCUGAGACUGCAAAGCAUCAGGCUAAAUGCAACAUCUGUAAAGAAUGUCCAAUUGUUGGCUUCAGGUAUAGAAGCCUAAAGCAUUUUAACUAUGAUGUCUGCCAGAGUUGCUUUUUUUCGGGUCGAACAGCAAAAGGUCACAAGUUACAUUACCCAAUGGUGGAAUAUUGUAUACCUACAACAUCUGGGGAAGAUGUACGAGACUUCACAAAGGUGCUGAAGAAUAAGUUCAGAUCAAAGAAAUACUUUGCUAAACAUCCUCGGCUUGGCUACCUGCCUGUCCAGACAGUUCUUGAAGGUGACAACUUAGAGACUCCUGUCACACUCAUCAGCAUGUGGCCAGAGCACUAUGACCCCUCACAGUCUCCUCAGCUGUUUCAUGAUGACACCCAUUCCAGAAUAGAACAGUAUGCCACACGGCUGGCCCAGAUGGAAAGGACUAAUGGAUCUUUCCUCACUGAUAGCAGCUCUACCACAGGAAGUGUGGAGGACGAGCAUGCCCUCAUCCAGCAGUACUGUCAGACGCUCGGAGGGGAGUCCCCGGUCAGCCAGCCCCAGAGUCCAGCUCAGAUCCUGAAGUCGGUAGAACGGGAAGAACGUGGAGAACUGGAACGGAUCAUUUCCGACUUGGAGGAAGAACAAAGAAACCUGCAGGUGGAAUAUGAGCAGCUGAAGGAGCAGCACCUGAGAAGGGGUCUCCCCGUCGGGUCACCUCCAGACUCUGUUGUGUCUCCUCACCACACGUCCGAGGACUCGGAACUUAUAGCAGAAGCAAAACUCCUGAGGCAGCACAAAGGCCGGCUGGAGGCUAGGAUGCAGAUUUUAGAAGAUCACAAUAAGCAGCUGGAAUCUCAACUCCACCGCCUUCGCCAGCUGCUGGAGCAGCCUGAAUCUGAUUCCCGAAUCAACAGUGUCUCCCCCUGGGCUUCACCUCAGCAGUCUGCCCUGAGCUACUCUCUGGAUCCCGACCCUGGUCCUCAGUUGCACCAAGCAGCAGCUGAGGACCUGCUGGCUCCCCCACACGACACGAGCACGGACCUCACGGAGUUUAUGGAGCAGAUCAACAGUACAUUUCCAUCUUGCUGCCCCAAUCUCCCCAGCAGGCCACAGGCAAUGUGAAGUAUUCAUCUAGACAACCAACGUUUCCUGACUUCCAGUAUUGCCCUUUGCAGCAAAUGCCAAUUCCAAGUUCCAUUUAAUCAGAAGCUCCGUGGCUCCUUGAAACAUGCUGUUGAGCGCUGACUGUGUGUUCUACUGAAGGAGUAAAACACUGACUAUCCAAAGAGAAAAGGAUAUUUUUGUUUUUAUAAUAAUCAUAUAUUAUUGUUUAUUGUUUCCUUCUUCCCUUUCUAUGCAACUGUAAAUUAAUGAACAGAGUGGUAUUUGGAAAUGGUAAUGCAUUUGUCACUGAUUUGUAUACUGUAUACAGCAUUGGGAAAGUGGGUGGGGGCUUUCUAAUAUGAUACCUUCUUUUUAAUAACCAUGACAAAAAUUGCAUAAGAAUUAGAAAACAAUGUUACAUUUUUACAUUCCUUCAUAUUAACCUUGUACAAUAACUUCAUUUAUUUUUUCCACUCUUUUACCAUUACGUUUUGGUUAUUUAUAACUCAUCAGCCACAUGACCAAAUAGAUUUCCUUGUAUUUGUUUCCAUGAUUUGGCCAAAUUAAUAAGUUCAUAUGUUUCAAUCAAAUAUUUAUGUAUAUUAAUUAGGCUACAUCUCUUUGUAUACCGCUUAACUUUAUUUGACGACAUACACUUCACUUCUUUAGUGACCACUUGGAUAACCGCAGUAAAAGUCCUGUGGGGCCUACCCAGAAUUCCCAUUGGGAUUUGUUUCCUGCAUUUUAUUUCCCUGCUCUGUGUAAGUAGGUCUUGAUUCCUUUAUUUAUUUCAUGUCCCAAUCUAUAUGAUAGAGGAGACUCCAAGCAGGAUUGUAAUAACCUCAAAGAUCAUUUCACCAAAGGUUACCCAUUUAAGUCUAUUUUCAUUUUGACAUAGAAACAAAACAUGAGAUAACAUUUCCUUAGUUGCGUAGUCUUGAUUUUCAUCGUUAAAUACACAGCAGACCUUGACUUAAUUGUGCUACCAGGACACAUCUUUGUCUUUAAUUCCCUUUGAGGCGGAUUUUAUUUUUGUUUAUGUAUACUCAAGCCAUUUGUAAUUCUUGAAAUUCCCAGUUGUUUUCUUUCUGACAGCAGACACAAAUUUAAUGCAUGUUUCAUUUUACCUUUUGGGUGAAUGAUUACAUUUUUUAUUACUUUUCAUUUGAUCAAUAUAUUUGGAAAGGAUGUUUAUCAAAAGCCUAUGUCACUGCUUCUGUAGAGGAAUGAAAUUAAUACUUAGAUGGUGGUACCCCUCCCUGUACCUCUGAGUGCAUUCAGUUAGCUAGCUGUUUGGUUCAGCUUCUGAUUUAACAUUUAAUUGAUUAGUUGAAACAUGUUAUAUAAUCACCAAAUGUAGAGAAACCAAAAAAAAAAGUGAAAAUAAUGUGUUUUGAUUCAAGCAUACGUGCAUUUAAAACAUCAGGACGUUUUAACUUUGGGUUCUCUUGACCUGGGUUUGGCCAGAAGGAGGCUGAAAGUUAGAAAUUGCUGUGCUUUUAGAAUAGGUUGGGUGGGUUGGGGGGCAAGGGUGUCUAUUUGCAGCAUAGAUAUUUUGAGAAGAAAAUUGUUUUAUAUAAGAGGAAAGCCAUGACCACCUUUCUACCUCAGAUCCAUCUUCCUCCAUUGUGUUGGAAAUAGCUUUAUGCCGCUGCAGUCUGCAAAAUCUAGAGCUUUCAUCAGGCCACAUCAAACCAAGAAAAGCACCUAUUUAAAGAAAAAAAAAACUUUCCCUGAACUCUGAACUACAAGUUGUAGAUUUGGUGUCUUCCUUGUUCUUACUUUGAAAAAAUAUGUAUUCAUUUUUCUUCUGCUUGUAAUUGUGUGCAACAUGUCUUCUCUCUGCUAUUAAGGAAAAGCUACAGAAAACACUACAUUGUAACCUUCUAAAUAAUAAUAAAUAAAAAAGAAAUAUAUCACAGUAACAACAAGGGGAAAUAAGUAUGUAGUUCUUUUGAAAUAUGUGGUAAAGAACUAAUCAUAGACUAUCAUCUAAUCUGGUUAUAUGUUGUAUUUUUCAUCCUGAAUAAAAGUAAUUUUAACACAA